AGUGGUUUCUCAAGAUGCAAGCGUCAGACUUCACUAAAGUACCACCAUUAAGUUCAAGAGAGGAUCCAGGAGGAGAUUGUUUUGUCAGAGUCCAGAAGAGAGACUUGGAGAGACUGUGCACUGAGGUCAUGCAGCUACGGGAGUUUCUACCGAAAGUCAUUAACAGUGACUUUCUGGAUGCCCUGCACAAAGCCCGCUCUCUGGACACACUUAGAGAACAGAGCCAGCAGCAGCAGCAGCAACUGAAGCAGGAGUGUUUGUACCUUUCCUCCCGCCUCGAUGCAGCACAGUCUGAGUGCCAGAGAGAGAGAGAGGAGAAACUGGUUCUAAGGGAGCGGUUAUGGGAGAGCCGCGAGCAGCUGCAGCAGCAGGCAGAGUUCUGUACAGUCCUGGGCGCUGCCACCUGCACUGUACUCUGGAGCGCUUCCCGUAGAGAAGAGGCUGUAAGGGACAUACUGGCUGAUGGAAAGCUGGAACCAUUCCUAAGUGUAGCAGGUCAAACCCUGGAGAGUUUUGUGAAAUCUCUGGACGAGGAGGAAAAACCCCAGCAGCAGAACUACAAUUCCCACGAGCACCAGUUUGUCCUAGCAUUGGCUGGUGUCAUCACCAAUUUGGCGGCUGUGACUUGUGGGAGGGACUUCAUUUCUCGCUCUGCGCAUGUCUUGUUGGAUACUUUGAUGCAGCUGCUCGGGUUAAUGAAGUCUGGAGUCUUUCCAAAGCUUAAAGUGCUGAUGCUGAUGGCCUUAUACAACGUCAGUCUGAGCGUAAAUGGACUGACGUACAUCAGCGAGAGUCCUGCACUCAUGCCACUUAUAUGUACCCUGCUCGAAGACCGGGACUCGGAGGUAUGUCUGCAGGCUCUGCGGCUGCUCCAGUCUCUGCUAGUGGAGGGUGACGUAUUGGCCCAAAUUAGCCCAGACCUCCAGCGUUCCCUUCCAGUGGAGAGAAUCCGUCAGUUGGCCUCAAGCCGCCACUCAGCCCUCAGACAGACAGCCCAGGAGAUGUUGGAGGACAUCAACUGCCUCACCAAAACUCAUCACACAACCACAGAGAAAGAGCCAUGAUGACACGGACAUCUACAGACCUUGCAGUAGUCCAUACACGCUGACAUUCUGUUUUCUGUGAGGGCCAAUUUCAGCUCUCAUUGUCUUCUAUCUGUAGCUAGUGUAAUCACAUAAAAAGGGUCAGAGGUCACAGGGCCCAUUGAAAUAUGGCUCCCUGCAGGUAUGACCUCUUGGGUAGUCUAGGAAGUAAUGAUAAUGGUGAAAAUGUUUCUCACUCACUGUUAAAAUUUGCAUUGGUUAAGGAUAGGGUUUUUUUGUUUGUUUUUUAACAUAAUAUAUAUAUGUUUCUCAGACUGUAAUUCUACCUGUUGUGAUUAAGAUUAAACCAAAGUUGGUUGUGUUCCUA